UCUAUUACCUUAAUUUCUCAUUUAACUAUAAAAGAAAUGAAUAAAUUCACUGCAGUGUUCGUUUUUUUUGUUGUUAUAUUCGGAUCCCACAGAUGUUGGGAGAUUGCAGAUGGUGACAACCCGACUUGGGAUAAUAGCAUCUUUGAUGAAGAUAUAGAGGAUAUUAACAGUGAAGAAGUGGCUCGGCAGAAGUUCAGUCUCAUCUUUCCAGGUACAAAAUGGUGUGGCGCCGGUAAUAUUGCUGAUAGCUACGACGAUCUCGGCUCGGCCAGGGAGACCGACAUGUGCUGCAGGGAGCACGACAACUGCCCAGACCUUAUCCUCGCCGGAGAGACCAAAUACAACCUCACCAACUCUGCUUUCUACACGAGAUUGAACUGUCAGUGUGACGAGAAAUUCCGUCUAUGUCUCCACAAUGCUACCAGCAAAAUAGCGAACAAGGUCGGAAAGAUUUACUUCAAUGCUCUUGGCACCAAGUGCUACAGAGAGGACUACCCAGUCACCGGAUGCAACACAUACGGCGGAUGGUUCAAUAGGAAAUGUGUGGAGUAUUCGUACAACACGACCGCAGUCCGGCUCUACCAGUGGUUCGACGUCAACAACUACUAAAGACCCUUAUAAUGUUAACAGUAUAGUUCAAACAUUUGAACAAGUAAUUUAAAAAUCUUUUUUUUUUCUCCUUGUUAUUAAAAGGAGAAGGCUAAGACUCUCAGCUUUGCAGCCUAGUCUGUUGCUUCUUUUCCACGAAGUACAUUCUAAAUUCAAAUAAAUUAUAACCUAUUGUUUUUAUAUCGCUAAAAAGGCAAUUAUAUCUAAGCAACAGUCAAUCAACUUUUGAGUAGAGCGAUAUAAUGUUAUGAUUUUAAUAGGAUAAUUUAUAACAAUUAAACUUUUACUUCAUAAAAAUAUAGUCCAAUGUUAUUGAAAUUGUCCUAGCUCUACAAAAUCUAGAAAUCUAGUCGUCUAUCAAACGACGCAAAAACUCUGGAGAUUCCAAAUAUUUGUAUAACUCAUUCUCUGUAUAUAUGUCGCUUAGAUAUACAUAAUUGCCUUUCAAGUGUCAAUAAUAUUUUUAAGUAACAUCAUUUUUGUCAGUCAGGGCCCUUAUUCUGUAUGAUAGUGUAAACGCGUAACGCGGCCGUGUCAUGUUAUCUUCGAGAAAUGUGCGUGGAAUGGUAUUCUGUAAGCCAAAUUUCUAUAGUCCUAAACAUGACGCGUUGUGUUACGUGCUUGUUACGCACUGUUAAAAUAACGUGCGGGAUAGAGAAUAAGGCCCCUGGUGAUAUUCUGGUGGGAAAUUUUGUAAAAAAUAUUAUUAUGAGGCCAAUGUAAAUACUUAACUAAACUGUUAACAAAAAUUUGAAUUACGUCCUACUUAAUCUCUGAAGACUGUGUUCAUUAUAUUAGUUUAACGUAGGUAGAGAAGGCUAUAAGCUUGCUAACUUGCCAGUAUUUAUUUCUUGUCUUAAGACUAUUUAAUAAAUAUUACUAUCACCUCUAACCAAAGCAAUAGAAUAAGGAUAUGUUUUCGAAAAAAAAAUUACGUUUGUUUUAAAUUGAUUUUUUUUUUGUGAAAAUCGAAAUUCUUAAUAAACAUUUUACAGUACUUUAUAUGUAAAAAUAAUUGUAAAAUCUAUUCAAUAAUAUAUUGAACGAUGUAUUCCUUUAACUAGGUUUGUGAUACCGCCUUUAUUGUUUACCUAAUUCAUUUUCAUGUUUUAAUUAUUUAAACUCUGGUGUAU